CAUCAGAUUCUUCUGACAGACCACAGACAGUUUUAUUUGCUCUGGUUCAGCUUUAAUUUACAAACCAAACAGAAUUAAUUUCAUCAGUUCUUUAAUCUUUCAGGACAGUACUGAAGAAAUGCAUCACUUCAUUUUCAUGAUGUUUUCACUGCUAGUCAUUACUGGGCUGCAGGUGAGCGUCGAGUCCGCAGGAAUACGUUUUGAGCGAAGCAUCGACAGACAUUAUAAAUCAGAGCUGACCGUGCCGAAUGGAGGGGGCUGGGGGUCGUGGGGUCAGAGGGACAUGUGUCCAGCUGGAACGUACGCUGCAGGAUUCAGUCUAAGGGUGGAAGCUCCUGUGGGUCGAGAUGAUGACACUGCACUCAACGGGAUUCGCCUUCACUGCAUUCAUACGCCAAGCUUGUAUCACAGCUCCUCCAAAGUUCAGUCAGAUGUAGGCAGCUGGGGUCAAUGGACAGAUAUCAAAUGGUGUCCUUCUGGAUUCUUGACUGCGUUUCAGCUGAGAGUCGAACGCUCUCAAGGAGAUGGUGAUGAUACGGCCGCAAACAACAUCAUCUUUCAAUGCACUCAAGGGACUUUACAGGGUGACGGCACAAACUGGGGCGACUGGGGCUCCUGGAGUCAAACAUGUGGAGGAAAAGGGAUUUGUGGUCUCAAGACACGGAUAGAAGUACCUCAAGGACGAGGAGACGACACCGCUCUCAAUGAUGUUAUCAUGUUCUGCUGUGAUUAAGGUGUUAGAGGACAAGAAGAUCAGCAAGAAGAUCAGAUGGAUCAUAAUAACUGAUCAUCAUGUGUUAUGAGCUCACAUGAACCAUUUCAUACAACAGCCAGUCAUUAUCACAAAAUGAAGCCUGAGAUGUGAUCAGGAUCUCAACACAGAGCAGAGACCGACUGUACAUCAUCUCACUUACUGUGUCUUAUCAGUUCAUGCAUUUCACCAUCCAU